GCUGUGUACUAAUGAACUCCAGCGUCAAGCUUCAUUCCAGCGCAUACAUAUGAACCCAGCGGCAAAAAUCACGAUUCGACCCAGCGGUAAGGACCGACCCUCCCCCCUUUGACAGCUGUUGGGCGCGAGCGUGCUGGAUAUGGAUGGAAGUGGGAGCGUACGCGCCCGCCCAGGGCAACAGUGACUGGGCCUGUGGCCCGUGGCAUGUGGCAGCUGCACGCAAGCCACGUUGGCCUGUGGCUGGCGCUUACAGCAUCAUCACACAUCACUCACAGACUCGCACAUACCUCUGACCUUGUAUUCGCGCUCGGGACGGAGGGAGGAAAACCGAGAGCACCGCCCACCGGUGUGCAAGCUUUUGCACUUGCAUUCCAUCCCCCUUUCUGCCACAUUCUAGAGCAUUCCAAACUUCCCGGUCAGUGGGGAUCGGAUUUCACAGUCUCCGCCCGAAAGCGCAGCGCAGCUCAGCGCGCGCGUAACGGAGGUGCGAAACUGGUUUGUGCACUUUACUGCACGCGGUUUUCGAGAGAGCUCUCUCCUCUUCAUCAUCAUCAUCAUCAUCAUCAUCUUCUUCUUGCUGUCGUUCUCGGCCCAAUAACGGACUAAUCACGGCGAGUACCCCCUCUUGCCGACCGGAACAGGAGAUACUUACACCUAGUACCCACAUACCAUGAACUCGCUGACAGGUAACAGGCUA